UUGCAUGUACUGAAUCCCAUUUGGAAGAAGAAGAAAGUGGUUCGCGAAGAGCAAAACCCCGUCGAAUCGAAAGAAGAUGAAGACAAACCGCCAUUUAUCGUGCCUGAAACACAAGAAGUUUGCACAUCGGCCCAAGAAUUGCAACAGAAAACCACAGUUUACGGCAGAAAUGUAUGGACUUGUCGAGUUACGGGAAGAAGCAACCUAACCUACCGGGAUGCUGCUAAGAGUGAGGCAACUUCCCAUCGUAUCCUAAAGAAAAAUUUUCCGAAAUGCUUUGAAAAACCUGUGUUGGAAACCGUUCACUUGAGUACGCUCCCCCUUGAGAAUUUGGUCCAUAGUUGUUGGACUGGACUCCAAGAACAGUUUUAUGUGACCGAACCCGUCAAACUCAAAGUGGAUUCCGUUUCUAGCCAACCAAUCCAUGGGAUUAUCAAUGAUGUAGACAAAAGCCACCCCGUCGAUUCGAUGACUGUUAGCAACGCAGGUUCGAAUACCUCCCCUAACAGCAGUGAUAAAGAAAACGUGACGAAGCGGACAACUCCCGUCAAAAAAAAUUACGCAUACACUGUCAAAGUGUUGUCAGAUGUCCCUCUCGUUGUGAACGAUGUUCCAGCCUGUUCGAUCGAUCGCCUAAAUAGAAUUCCAUCGAAAGAACACAUUCGAAUGUUUAUCCGUGCCCACGCAAUGCGUUACGGACCGAACUUCAGUGGUCCAUGGAUUGUAGAUGCAGACCUCUUACGCCGUUACAAAAUCACAUCAAAAGGCCCUGGUUUUGAAGUGGACCGUGUGAAGUUAAAACAGAUGUCCAAUGCUAUUGAAGCUGAGUACUUGGCCCGUUUAAUAAAAAACGAUCGACAAGCCAAUGUCGAUGGAACACCAGUAGAAAACGGUACUCUUGACUCCCUUCCAACUCCGAUAGUAAAACGGGGGAAGCGAUUCUCGGUCUUGAGGGAAGAAAAUGUCGAACAGCCUGAGGACGAACUCCCUCUAACGGCAUUCAAAAAGCAGAUGAAGAAGCAUAUUGCCAAGUCACCGACAGAAGAAUUUAUCAAAAAGAAGAUGAAGCAAGUCACCCUGUUCCAGUUUAGCAAAAACGCAGGCAAGCAAACUCCAUCCUCCUCUACUGUGAAUACUGAUGGACCUACACCUACGAAACUUGUGCCCUCAAGUCCUCCAGCCCUACCACGAGCAGCCCAGCAGCUGAUGAAGUUAGCUGCGGAGUCUUCGGGGAAUCCUUUAAUUACUUCCUGUAUCAACAUAUGCGCGAAAAUUCUCUGUGACGCAGAUAUUGCCAGGCUGCCUGCAGAACUGCGCGAGAAAGUCUGCUCGCGGCGAGAGGCGAUUCAGUUUCAUAAAAAGCUUUUAUCAAUGACACCCGAGGAACGGAAGGCCUAUUUACGUGCAAACCGCGAAAAGCAACGCCUAGAACGCAUUAAAGCCAACCGCCUGUGUGACGAUCAAGACUUGCUCGCUACGGACAGUAGAUGUGUCGCUCUACCUCAGACGUCUCCUCUCCAUCUGCCUGACGGCUUUACGGAACCUCUCUUUGGUCGCCUGUUGAGUGUGGCAGAAUUCUUUCAUUGUUUCCAAACUCUCUUAAUGGAGGGUUUAGACUAUGGAGAUCAGGACGUUCCAGCCGAGGCUCCAAUUGUGUUACCCACAGCCGCACUCACCCCCCUUGAGUCAGCUGUUCCAUCCCGCGGCGAUCCGGGGUACUCCGAUGAUGAUGAACAGCUAAACACAGAGGAUGAAGAAGAGGAAGUCGCCCUGAUCGAAGCAACUGCCCCGCUUCCCAAGGUGUCAGCUCGUUGUUUCCGACGUCUCGGACUGCAACGCUUGCUGAAGGCUGUCAGCUGCAAUAUGCCUACUGCAGGAUCCUAUAGAUCCCUUGCUCGCCCAAUCUGCCUCUUGCUGCGAUUGUUGUUGCGUGAUGAGGAAUUGGCAAAAAGACGUGAACUUGGCAUUCGCUUAGCAAAGCUCCCCGUCACUCCGUACACCGCUCCUGAAUUGCUUCGUUUGACCUUGCUACACGAAACCACUGACUCUACGCAAAAGUCCCAACUAAUUCGUCUGGAAAGUUCUGCUGACAACGAGAAUGGGGACUCCCAUGUUUCUACGGCAGACUACUUUCAUCAAGAUAACCUUCACGCCCUCCUCCAUAAACUCACCACAUUCGAUGUCUACCAGCUCUGUCCUGAAAGUCGUCUUGUUGUCCUGGAAACUGUAGUUCAGAGACUUUUUGAUCUGGACUUGAUUGAUGAUCAUAUUCUUGCCUGCCAACGCCGUGCUCUUCAGGCGCAUAACAGAAAGAUUAAAUUUAUGCGUGACCGAAAUGUGCGAAAGAAAGAGGAAGAUCAUCAAAGGGACGGUAGUAGUGGGCGGAAAAAACACGAGGAAUCCAAGACACCUUCGGCUGAGACUAAAGUUGAGCCAGGUACUCCUACAACUCCUGCAGAUGGCGAUGGAGCGGAAGGUGCUGAUGAUGAUCUGGCUUCUAUUGUGAAACGCCGUCGUAUUCUUGCUGCGCGAGCUGCAGCAGAGCGGGAAGAGAAAGAAGCACAAGAACGUGAACGUCGGGCUGCGCAGACAAAGGUUGUUGCUGAAGAGCGACUCCUUGCCCAAGUAUCGAAAGCCUAUGAACUCUGCAAAGCUGAGGCACAUCUGGCUCUUCGUUGUCAACCUAUCGGUUUCGAUCGGUAUCAUCGCCGGAUCUGGUUUUUCCGCUGUGCUCCGGAUCGCCUGUUCGUUGAGUCCGAUUGGGCUAGCCCAUACGUAAACUAUUCAGUGCUUCAGCCACAAGGUCCAACCGAUGAUUACAUUGACCUCACGAAAGACGAGCACACAGGUUCUCGUGAUGUUGAAGAACGGGAGACGACUGUACCCGCACCAGCGCAUCUAGUCACUCCUUAUUCACCUGGUAGCAUUUCCGUGGGUAGCAGCUGGAGCUCUUGGUCAAUGUACGACAAACCGGAACAGCUGGACGAACUAGCCUCGGCGCUUCUUGAACGAGGAAUUCGGGAAAGUCGUCUUAAGCGGCAUCUUUUUACCGACAGUUUGUUAGAUUCGAUCAAAUCACAUUGGAAAAAGAAGAUAACAUCUGCCACUACUCAUUCAGAAUGUUCAGCUGUUGAAGCUACCGAUUCGGUGACUGAAACUCCCAAAAGUUCUUCAGGCGAACAUAUGGAAAAAGUUGUUGAACGAGUUUCUGGAAAGCGUUUUUUGGAUGCUGGGGCGGCGCUUGCAGGUGCCUUACUGAAGAAUAUACUGGAUACCGAAGUCCGCCUUCGCUCUGGUGGACUUGGUGGCGUGCCUGACUUCACUAGGUGGCAGGAAAACUUGGCUGACGUGCACGCAUCAUUCGGCUUGCCUCCAGAAACCUCACCAAAGAAAAACUUGCCACCCAAACCUAUUGGGUCGCCACGGCAACCGGACCGUCUUGGGCUUGUCAACGCCCUGUUGGCCGUGGCAGACAAUGUGAUGCCGCGAUUCCUGAAUGUUCCCGAUUUAACUGAGAAGACUACACGGAAGCGCAAUAAGGACGGAUUAUCAGACACGGAUAAGGCAAAUGGUGGGAGAGACGCUAUUGAAGAACCAGAUGCCACUCAGUCCACCGAAGAAACGAGUGAGUCGGACUCAGAUUCCUCCCAAUCCUCAUCCGCUACGGAUCAUCUGUUGAGGGACCCGGACUUGCACGCAACCCGAACACGCACGUGGUUAGCGGCCUGGCGUAACGAAGUAGUGAAUGCACGAACCUUGGCCCGUCUGAAUUUAUUACAUGCCUGUUUGGACGCGUGUAUACGGUGGGAAAAGUCCGUGGAGGAUGCCCGGUGCCGCAUCUGUCGCCACAAAAGCGAUGAUGAUAACUUAUUACUGUGUGACGGUUGUAACCGCGCGUUCCACCUCUACUGCUUGCGUCCCCCAUUACGCCGUGUCCCCGCUGGUGAUUGGUACUGUCCAUCUUGUCGACCAGCGUCGCGAGACUUGGAACGCCGCCGUCGUGAGGCCAGACUUGCUCGGUCUGAACGUCGGCGCCGACGGCAAGACGUUGCCUCCUCAGAGGAUGAAGACUCUGUCGUCCCUGAACGCGAAUCUGCUGCUCGUGACAAGGUCGGGCCCAAGCAUGACACAACCUGUCUCGUCUGUGCGGAGGCGACGUCCUCAUCCGAGUUGGUCCACUGUACCAAUUGCCCCAAUGCCUUCCACUUGUCCUGCCACAACCCACCACUGCGUCAUCCACCUCGGGGUGAUGUGUGGUUGUGUACCAGUUGUCGAACGUCCGGGCGCAAAAACAACUUUUUCGGUCCGAAGUACUUGCCGAGGAACAAACGUCGUACUCAAUACCUAGCCUCCUGUGGACUUCCGAGAUCAACUAUCGAGGCUUCCGGUGAUGAUGAUAUUGCAGUUCAUCCAAGUACUCGGAUAAGUCGUUCUUCCUCAUCUCGAAAACUAACCUCAACCUGGCGUGAUCAAGAAACAACUGAGGCGGACGAGUCUGAUACGGAGCAAGAUACGGAAACGCCUGGAAGACUAAGGCGUUCCAAGCGAUCUACAUCUGUACCAAAGAGGUCCUCCGGUGCGCGUUCCAUACGCCAAACUAAACGUCGACGGUUAGACUCUUCAGCUAGCUCCGAGGCCUCAUCAGCAUCGUCUUCAGAGUCAGAGCCGCGCGUUGAGUCCACUAGAAAAAGCAAAGUGGAUGUGCGUACAUGUGUUACACGCAUUCUAAAUGCAAUCUACCGACAUAAAUGUGCUUGGCCUUUCCGGGAGCCGGUAGACAGAGAAGAGGUUCCUGACUAUUAUGAGAUCAUCACCGACCCAAUUGACUUGGGUAUGGUCAGGGCUUGGAUUUCCGAUGGCCGAUAUGACGCUGCUGACCCGAAAGAAGGUCUACGCAACUUUGCCUGUGAUUUGGGGACGAUGUUUUAUAAUGCCGAACUGUACAAUGCUGCGGACUCUGAUGUCUGGAUAGCUGGCAGUCAGCUGGAACAGUUUGUAAAGAACCAAUUCUCACAGCUCAAUAUGGGCAUUUCCUACCAUCGCGAAGCUCUCGGUUCCUAACCUUCUCAGGAAUACUACAUAGACACGAAUGCAGUGCAAAUCCCUUCGGCCGGUGCAAGACUAAAACGAUAACUCUCUUGUCCGGUACACCUGCGUGUUUCUCCAUCUCUGUGUAUCUAUUCCGAGUACCAGUACCAUCGUUUUCACGACCCUUUUCCGAUCUCCCUCGGGCAGAUUGCAUUUACUGUUGACCGGCCGUGUGGGUCUUUUUGUGGCCCCUUGCUGCUCCACCACUCUUCCGCGAUGUCCUCUCCUUAUCCUUGUCAUUCCCGCAUUCUUAGCAAGCGCAGCUUUCAGACUGCACUUUGGAUUACCCUCCUGUCUUGUCACCGUACAUGCUGUACUCAACCAUCAGUCCUCCGAUAGUGACCACCUACUUGCAUUGUCCAUCCCUUCACAUCCAUUCACUUUUUAUAUACCGUUCUCACACGUCAACAACUCGUAAUUUUCAUUUAAAACAUGAGUCGUUUGGUAAAACCACAUCUUCCUCUUAGUACUAUUUCCACAGCUGUGUCCAUUGCUGUAAUUUUCUGUCUAUCUGUUCCUGUUACGCCUGUUCACUAUGUUUUCCCAAACAAAACACUUCUCGUCAGAUAGCAAGCAUCUCCCAUCUGUUUGCUCUGAAUUCGAAUAACUCAACACGCGAUUGUGAGAUCUAACG